AUGGCGACCGCGACAAUGACCGUCCCAGCAAUGGCGGCACCAAAGAAAAAGGGCGCCGACAUGGCUCCGGAGAGCGAGCGCUUCUUGCGAUGCUGCGCCGACGUCGCCAGCGCCUUGAUCGAGGAUCACGAGGCUGUCAAGGACGGCAAACCCGCCAGAGACAUCAACCUAAACUCGCUGCGUUCCAAGCUGGCCAAAAAGCACAAGCUCACCAACAUUCCCCCGCUGACGGCCAUCAUCGCCGCCAUCCCGGAACACUACAAAAAGUACAUACUGCCAAAGCUCAUCGCGAAGCCGAUCCGUACCUCGUCCGGCAUCGCGGUUGUUGCCGUCAUGUGCAAGCCGCAUAGAUGCCCGCACAUUGCCUACACCGGCAACAUUUGCGUCUACUGCCCCGGCGGGCCCGAUUCCGACUUUGAAUACAGCACACAGUCGUAUACUGGCUACGAGCCGACGUCGAUGAGAGCCAUCCGCGCCAGAUACGAUCCCUUUGAGCAAGCAAGGGGACGUGUGGACCAGCUCAAGUCGCUGGGUCACUCGGUGGACAAGGUGGAAUACAUCAUCAUGGGCGGAACCUUCAUGUCCCUGGCCGAGUCGUACCGAGACGACUUCAUCUCGCAACUGCACAACGCCUUGAGCGGCUACCAAACGUCCAAGGUGGACGAGGCCGUGGAAGCAGGCGAGAUGAGCAACGUGAAGUGCGUCGGCAUCACCAUCGAGACUCGGCCAGACUACUGCCUUCAACCGCACCUGACGGACAUGCUGCGAUACGGAUGCACGCGGUUGGAGAUUGGCGUCCAGUCUCUGUACGAGGACGUCGCGCGAGACACCAACCGCGGACACACCGUGGCGGCCGUGGCGGAGACCUUUUGCUUGGCCAAGGAUGCGGGUUUCAAGGUGGUCAGCCACAUGAUGCCGGAUCUGCCCAACGUAGGCAUGGAGCGUGACAUGGACCAGUUCCGCGAGUACUUUGAGAACCCUGCCUUCCGGACGGACGGGCUCAAGAUCUACCCUACCCUGGUGAUUCGAGGCACCGGCUUGUACGAGCUGUGGCGCACGGGGCGGUACCAAAACUACACGCCCAACGGCUUGAUCGACCUUGUCGCGAGAAUACUGGCCCUCAUCCCCCCGUGGACGCGAAUCUACCGCGUGCAGCGGGACAUUCCGAUGCCUCUUGUGACGUCUGGCGUCGAGAACGGCAACCUGCGAGAGCUCGCUCUGGCCAGGAUGAAGGACUUUGGCACGACGUGCCGCGACGUGCGGACUCGGGAGGUUGGCGUCAACGAGGUCAAGAACAAGAUUCGGCCGAACCAGAUCGAGCUGGUGCGGAGGGAUUACGCGGCCAACGGCGGCUGGGAGACGUUCCUUGCCUACGAGGACCCCAAGCAGGACAUCCUCGUUGCCCUGCUGCGCCUGCGAAAGUGCACGGAAAAAUACACGUACCGGGAGGAACUCACGGGCCAGCCCACCAGCAUGGUCAGAGAGCUUCACGUGUACGGCACGGCCGUGCCGGUGCAUGCGCGCGACCCCAGAAAGUUUCAGCACCAGGGGUUCGGCACCCUGCUGAUGGAGGAGGCCGAGCGGAUCGCCCGCCAGGAGCAUGGCAGCGACAAGAUCAGCGUCAUCUCCGGCGUCGGCGUUCGAAGCUAUUACAAGAAGCUGGGGUACUGGCUGGAUGGUCCUUAUAUGAGCAAGUGGCUGGAUGGGAGAGACGAGCGCAGCGAGCAAUGA